AUGCGUCAAGGCUCCGCCGAUGCCAGCGCCGACGCGGCGUUGGCCCGGAUGGGCUACAAGAGUGAAUUGCCUCGCAACCUGAGCAUGUUGAGUAUCCUCGGUCUCUCCUUCGCCAUCAUGGCCGCACCCUUCGGUCUCAGCACCACCCUGUACAUCACCCUCACCGACGGCCAAUGCGUUAGCAUCAUCUGGGGCUGGGUCCUCGUCACCAUAAUCUCCAUUGGGAUCGCCGCCUCCCUCGCCGAAAUCUGCGCCGUGUACCCGACCGCCGGAGGCGUCUACUACUGGAGCGCCAUGCUGUCGACGAGGGAAUGGGCCCCGAUGAUGUCGUUCGUGGAUGGCUGGCUGACCCUCGUGGGGAACUGGACGGUCACCCUGAGCAUUACCUUCUCCGGGGGACAACUGAUUCUGAGUGCCAUCUCGCUGUGGAAGGAGGAUUUCGUGGCCAAUGCCUGGCAGACCAUCCUCAUGUUCUGGGCGGUGAUUUGGUUCUGCGCGAUGGUCAACAUCUUCUUUUCCCGAUGGCUGGAUAUCAUCAACAAGGUGUGCAUCUUUUGGACUGCGGCGAGCGUGGUGAUCAUCUUGAUUACCCUCCUGACCAUGGCGGACCAUCGCCAUGACGGUGCAUAUGUCUUUGGUCAUUAUGAUGCGUCGCAGAGCGGAUGGCCAUCGGGAUGGGCCUUCUUCGUCGGCCUCCUUCAAGCUGCAUAUACCUUAACGGGGUAUGGCAUGGUGGCCGCCAUGUGCGAAGAGGUGCAGAACCCACACCGCGAGGUUCCGAAAGCGAUCGUCCUCUCGGUCGUCGCCGCCGGCAUCACCGGCGUAGUCUACCUAGUCCCUAUCCUCUUCGUCCUGCCCGACGUCAAGAUGCUGCUCAACGUCGCCAGCGGCCAACCCAUCGGCCUGGUCUUCAAAACGGUCACCGGGUCCGCCGGCGGCGGAUUCGGUCUUCUCUUCCUGAUCCUGGGCAUCCUCAUGUUCGCUGGCAUCGGGGCCCUCACCGCCGCCAGUCGAUGCACCUACGCCUUCGCCCGCGACGGCGCCAUCCCGGGAUUCCGCAUCUGGCGUAAGGUUAACGACCGCCUCGACGUGCCCGUGUACGCUAUCCUGCUCUCCACCGUCAUCGACUGCCUCCUCGGCCUGAUCUACUUCGGGUCCACGGCCGCCUUCAACUCCUUCACGGGUGUCGCCACCAUCUGCCUCUCCACCUCCUACGGGGUGCCCAUCCUCAUCAGCGUGAUCCGCGGUCGCCAGGCCGUCAAGGAGUCGACCUUCUCCCUGGGCCGCUACGGAUACGCGAUCAACGUCGCCACCAUCUGCUGGAUUGUCCUGGCCGUGGUGCUCUUCUGCAUGCCCGUUUCGCUGCCGGUCGAUGCGGCGAGCAUGAAUUAUGCCAGCGUCGUGUUCGCGGGCUUUGCCGCCAUUAGUAUCGCUUGGUAUGUCGUGUAUGCCAGGAAACAUUUCACGGGCCCGCCGGUCACAGGCGACGAGGUGGCCGACGUGAUCCCUGGCAAGGCUGUUGAUGCCGAACAUGCCUAUCCGGACGAUGCGACCCUUGGGGAAAAGAAGUGA